CAGUUCAUUUCAGUGCUACAGGAAGGUGUUGUGUUACAGUAGACAGUAAUAUAGUAUCACUUCAUCGUCAUCAUCAUCAUCACGGUUAUAACUGGUGCUACCGAUGGUAUCGGCAAACGGUACGCGGAAAUUCUUGCGAGCAAGGGCAUGCACAUCAUGCUUCUUUCACGAAGUGAACCGAAGCUGAUGAAGGUGGCCAAUGAAAUUCACGAGAGGUACAACGUUCAAACCAGAUGGGUUGCUGUUGAUUUUUCUCAAGGACCGGAGAUUUACAAAACGAUCAGCGAUCAAAUUCAAGAUCUUGAUAUUGGGAUUCUAGUAAACAACGUUGGCUACUAUCCAGCUGUGCAAAGCUUCCACCGUAAUACUGAGGAGGAAAUUAUCUCGACGAUCAACAUCAACAUUUUGAGCACUGUAAUGAUGUCGCGGAUUGUGCUCCCGGGCAUGAAAAAUCGCAGGCGUGGGAUCAUCGUGAACAUUUCCUCUAUCGGUUGUUACCGGCCGGCUGCAUUCCUAAACAUGUACUCUUCGGCGAAGUCCUUCGUUACGAACUUCAGCUUGGCUUUGAAUCACGAACUGCGUGGAAAAGGUGUCAAAUGCCAAGCGGUGGUUCCCGGCAUGACGCACACCAACAUGAUUAAGCAUUUGGAGGAGGAUAUUCCCUGGUACGUCGGAGUUACUACGGUGGAUUCGCUGGCCAAAUUUGGAGUGUUCUCGCUUGGAAAAACGGCGCACACUACCGGUGGAUGGAAGCAUACCUUACAGGUUUGUUGGCAGGAUUUAGUACCUCAUACGCUGGGAACGGUCAUAAUAUCUUACGUUACCAGGAAAGCAAUUGGUAAAUGAUAAGAUUCCGGAAGAGCAGCUGAUUCUGAGCACACUUAUCAAACUUAUGAAGAUUUUACUGGUGAAAUCUGAAAUAAGCACUUCAAUUGCGAUUUUUAAACUCUUCUCAAAGAUAGGGUUUGAAGAAUUAGUUGUAUUGUGAUCGACAUCUGUGAUGUAACUUCAUUUAAAUCUUGAUAAAUCUGAAGCCACGAGAAAACAAUGUGU